AUGACAGGAACGGACGAUCCGCCCGAGGACCUAGAGCUCGCCGCAGACGCCCACGUCAAAUAUGUUCAAAGUCUUGACACGAGGAAAGAUGAACUGGACUAUUGGCUGACGGAACAUCUGCGUCUCAACGGGGUGUAUUGGGGUCUCACAGCCCUUCACCUACUGCGACAGCCUAAUGGUCUCCCUCGCAGCGAGACGAUCGACUUUGUGCUUUCUUGCCAACAUGAAAACGGCGGAUUCGGCGCCGCCCCAGGUCACGACGCCCACAUGCUCUCCACAGUAAGUGCUGUGCAGAUCUUAGCCAUGGUGGAUGCCUUCGAUGAGCUCGAGGCCCGGGGAGCCGGCAAGGCAAAGGUCGGCAAAUACAUUGCAGAUCUACAGGAUCGUGAGACGGGUAGCUUCUACGGCGACGAGUGGGGAGAGGAGGAUACACGGUUUCUUUACGGAGCAUUCAACGCCUUGUCCCUCCUCGGGCUCCUAUCGCUGGUCAAUGUCGAUAAAGCCGUCAAUCAUAUUGCAACAUGCGCAAAUUUUGACGGGGGAUAUGGCGUAAGGCCUGGUGCCGAGUCGCACUCGGGCCAGAUAUUCACCUGCGUAGCUGCAUUACACAUCGCCGGUCGGCUUGACCUUGUCGAGGAAGAGAAGCUUGGCCGAUGGUUGAGUGAAAGACAAACCCCCGGUGGUGGUCUUAACGGUCGACCAGAGAAGAAGGAAGACGUUUGCUACAGCUGGUGGGUAUUGAGUAGCCUCGCCAUCAUCCGACGGACACACUGGAUCGAUCGGGAAGCUCUUAUAAGCUUCAUUCUUCGAAGCCAGGACAGCGAAAACGGAGGUAUUUCCGACAGACCCGGCGACAUGGUCGAUGUCUGGCACACUUGCUUUGGCCUUGCAGGCCUAAGCCUUCUCGGCUACCCUGGUAUGGAGGCUGUAGAUCCAGUCUACUGUAUGCCGAAGAAUAUUGUCGAGAGGCUAGUCGGCCGCUAA